CGACGACGACGAGCUUGGAGAAAUCGGUUAUACACAACAGUAUGGCCGCAAAGGGACUGCAAGGCUUGUCCAAGAGCCUAGGCUCUCUACGAUUAUACUCUGGCUCAAGGGAUCCUCUCACGGUGCGUAAAUCAAUUCAAUUUCACCUGCAGCGCGCUGACUUUAUCUAGCAAUGCCUUGCCCCAAGUCUCACCAGGUCCAUGGCCACAGAAGCUCCAUUGCCUUCAAGCCAUACCCAGCAAUAUGAUCCAGUCACAAUGAAUGAUAAAGCUGCUACAGAGCCAUUCUAUACUCGUGAGUUGUAUCAUAAAUGACAGCGGCGCUGGCGCUAAAUAACGAUAUCCAGCACCCAAGGUCCUCGCAACUAUCUACAAAUUCCCAACCAUGGAACCGCUGCGCUUCCACGAGUACUCCAGCAAAUACCUCAAUCUCCCCAUGCGACGCGAUAUCCUCCACCGAGCCGUCGUUUUUGAAGGAGACAGCGCAAGACAGGGUACCGCAAGCAGUAAAACCCGCUUCACAGUCCGUGGUUCCCACAGAAAGAUUCGACCACAAAAAGGAACUGGGUCAGCCCGUCUUGGUACGAGGCAAUCACCAAUGUUGAGAGGAGGUGGAAAAUCUUUCGGUCCUCAUCCUAGAGAUUUUGCAACGGAGCUUCCACGAAAAAUGUACGAUUUGGCGUGGAGAACAGCUUUGAGCCAUCGAUACAAGAAGGGCGAACUGAUCAUCUGUGAAAACGGAAUGGAUCUCGAAUACCCAGAGCAACUUCUGAAAAGUAGUCUUCACAAAAAGCUGGUGCCUCUCUACGCCGAGGAGAUGAUGAAACACAACCACUGGGGCAAACAGGAUGGUAGAUCUCUUUUGAUCACCGAGCAUUACCGAGAGAAUUUGUUUACCGCCAUGGAGCAGGUUGGGAAACAAGGGACGAUAGAGCUUGCACACGAAGUGGAUGUCAAGGAUUUGCUGACACUGAAGAGGGUUAUUAUUGAGAAAUCGGCGUUGGACUCGAUUUUGAGGUCACAUCAAAGUGAUCUAAUUCCAAAAGUAAGGGCGCUUGCAUAG